AUGCCGGGCCAGGCCACCAAGCUGGAAAGGUUGGGGACCGCUGUGGUAGAAUGUCCUGUUGCAGAAGUCAGGAUAAUAUUAACUGGACCUUUAUUUCCCAUUGCAGAUUUACGCCGAAUGACAGCCGGUUUUAUGGGCAUGGCAGUGGCCAUCAUCCUAUUUGGAUGGAUUAUCGGGGUGCUGGGCUGCUGCUGGGAUCGAGGCCUUAUGCAGUAUGUGGCAGGACUUCUCUUCCUCAUGGGAGGAACCUUCUGCAUAAUAUCACUGUGCACAUGUGUAGCUGGAAUCAACUUUGAGCUCUCCCGAUACCCCCGGUACCUGUAUGGACUCCCUGAUGACAUCAGUCAUGGCUACGGCUGGUCCAUGUUUUGUGCAUGGGGAGGCCUAGGUCUUACUUUGAUCUCUGGCUUCUUCUGUACCUUGGCCCCUUCUGUUCAACCUGUCCCCAGGACCAAUUGCCCCAAAUCAAGACCUGAGAAUGGGACAGUGUGCUAAGACAAGUACAAACAAGCCUAUAAAUAUACAUA